AGGUUGUUUUUCCCGGUUUUCAACAAGUUAUUUGAAUACGACUGGUCAUUGUCGCUCGUUGUCAUUGAAAGAGCUGUUUUGAUAUAUCGUCAGAAAACAGUGGGCUACGAUAGGCUACAUCGUGUUUUCAGCACUCCGGCAAGAACACAGAAAUUUGUUUUGUGAUAUUUGACACUUUUAAUGUGGAUUAACAUUUUAUCAAGGAUUCAUUUCAGUUUUUGAAACGCCUCCGACAUAUUUGACUUAUUUUCGGAUCUUUUUCAUAGUCGUGGACCAGCAGGUCACCAUGCCGCCCACAACUCCUUAUGCAGGCAAGUUCAACGCCAACCCCUACACCAACCACAGCAACAACAACCAGGAACUCCAAGGUGCUAACCUCCAGGACCUUCACCACCACAGCAUUAAGCACCAUCACCCCUACUCACCCCUGGAGGUCAGCUAUGGGGAGAUGUGCUACCAUGACAACAGCCUGGUGUCAGGCUCUCUGGAGGCCCUGAUCCAGCACUUGGUCCCAACUGUUGACUACUACCCUGAUAGGUCAUACGUGUUCACCUUCCUGCUAAGCUCCCGCCUCUUCCUUCACCCAUAUGAGCUCAUGACCCGGGUGUGUCACCUGUUCGUGGAGCAGCAGAGGUCUGGAGACCCACUCAUGAAUAAGAUCAGGAUCCGUGAGGUGGCUCCUAAGAUGGUGCAGCUGCUGACAGAGUGGACGGAGACUUUCCCCUACGACUUCAGGGACGAGAGGAUGAUGCUCUGCCUGAGAGACAUGGGGCAGCACCUGGCCAGGGGAGACCAGUACUCGUGGCGAGCCAUGCAGCAGCUCACCCAGCGACUGAUCCGUCGACUGUCGGCGCUCGGCCAGUAUGAAGAGGCUGUAGCAGCGCUGAACGCAGCCGCUUCUGAAAGACCAGCGGCCCUGAAGACCAAACAGCAGACUUCCCAGCACAGCGACAUACUGAGCAUAUGCGAUGACCCCUUCAUCGUUGCCCAACAGCUCACACACAUCGAACUGGACAGACUGAGCUUCAUUGGCCCUGAGGAGUUUAUCCAGACCUUUGCCAUGAAGGACCCACUGGACAAUCACAAGAGUUUCUUCCGGAAGAGGAAAACAACCAACUUAGAAGCCUAUGUAGCUUGGUUCAACAGACUCAGCUACCUGGUGGCUACUGAAAUAUGUAUGCCAGUGAAGAAGAAGCACCGAGCCAGAGCCCUGGAGUUCUACAUCGACGUGGCCAGAGAGUGCUUCAACAUCGGCAACUUCAACUCCCUCAUGGCCAUCAUAACUGCGAUGAACAUGAGUCCUGUGUCUCGCCUGAAGAAGACUUGGAGCAAAGUCAACACAGACAAGUUUGACAUUCUAGAGCACCAAAUGGACCCCUCCAGUAACUUCAGUAACUAUCGCACAGCGCUCCGUGGUGCCACCCAGAGAUCAGUCACGGCACACAGCAGCCAGGAGAAGAUUGUAAUCCCAUUCUUCAGCCUACUUAUCAAAGAUAUCUACUUCCUCAAUGAGGGCUGUGCCACCAGACUACCCAACGGACACAUCAAUUUUGAGAAACUGUGGGAGCUGGCCAAGCAGGUGAAUGAGCUCCUGGUGUGGCGUCAGGUGGUGUGUCCGUUUGAAAGAGACCGCAGGAUCCUGCAGUACCUCGUCACCUCCCCCAUCUUCACUGAGGAUGGGCUUCAUCUGGCAUCCUAUGAGUGUGAAGGACCAGAGAACCCCAUGGAAAAGGACAGUCGCAGAUCCCUUAGGUCCUCCCUGAUGCACAGACCGGAGGUGACUAGGCCUGUCUGGGUAUACUAAUCGCUCCCUGUGUCCACCAUGGCACAGUUCACUCCUGUUCAUGCCUCAGCGACAGUGAUCCAGAUCUGAGAGGACUGUCUGAGCUCAGAGAGAGGUUGUGGUGCCCUCUAGUGGUAGUAAGGUGAGUCAGGUAUUCAAGACAUCAAAGUUUGUAUCGGAACAUUUAUCUGUUCUUGUAUCGAUGUUACAAACAGAGAAAGUAUUGGAAAUUUAAUGGAGAACAAGACUGGUAAUAAUAUUAAUACACAUCUGAAACACUUGUGGGAUUAUGAGGCAAUAUAAUUCCACAUGUAAGGAAAGUUAAAUCGAGCACACCCAUAUGUCAGAUAUCCUAAAUGUGGAUUUGUCAAUUACUUAAUUUACAAUUUUAAAUAUUGUCUCCUCUGUCCAAUCCAAACACUAUUCAUAUGCUACAGUAGCGGAAAUGAACCCUAUCGACCAUGUAGAUUUACUCACUGAAUUAAUUUGUCUAUAAAUGUCUUGCAUCAGCCUCAUACAUGAAAGUAUUUCACCAGUUAUUUUUUAUUUUAGAUUAGAUCAACAAGGGUUAGGAUUAGACUGUAGAGUAUGGAACAAUAUAAAGAAGGUUUUUCUGCCAAGCAAAGAACCUGCUAGAAAAGCAAUCAAAAAAUGUCUGUCCAAAUAUGGUCAGACAUUAGAAAAUGUAACCAGUUGAUAGGUCUCUGACGAAUAUAAACCUCCCAGAAAAUGACAGUGGACAUAGUUAAACUGUGCACAGACCUCGUCUUCAACGCUGUUGAAUAUAAGGGACUCCGGGUUGAAGGUGGAGCAUGAAGGUGGAGCAGCCCAUUUGGGGGAUCAGGACUUGGGCUACUACAGUGUUUUUCUACAGGAGGAUUGGAAUAUUUCUUGCGUUAUUUUUCCAAUUUUUGUUGUAAAGCAUGUGGCGUAUCACAAACGUAUUUGUGGUGAGCUAGCUCUGUGCUUAUACAAUGUAAGCUACUCUUUGUUACUAAAAUAGUCUAUUUUUGAUGUUUAUUUUUUGUAUGUCGGGAAUAACGUAACCAAUGGCUUGUACAAACAUGACAGAAAUACCUCUAUGUUAACUAACUCAGUCAAACUGUUUUCCUCUUGCUGUCCUUUACAGUUUUGUUUAUUUUGCUGAACAUUUUGUAUAAAGUUUCCAUUUUGUA